GUGGUCUUGAAACAAUGAUAGGUAUGACUAAAAUGCCAACCAAAACUGCUUGCAUACCUGUUUUGGAAGGCACCCAUACACCAAUAUGCAGUUGGAAUUAAAAUCAUAUCUGCUCCUAUGCCUAAAAUAUUGUCAAAUGAAAAUUUGGAAAAAAUUUAACUGCAAUUGUUAGUAUUUCUUGUUCAACAGAGUAUUCUAAAGUUAUCGUUUUGUAUAUUAGUGUAAAAGAAAAACAGAUAGUAUUUUUCUCGAUGAUAAUAUUUCUGGUGUAAGCUAUUUGAUUGAACAUCAUGUCUUCUAUAAGUCAUCCGCAACAUAAGUGUAAUCACGAAGAGAACAGAUUUAAAGUGUGCGCGCCUUGUGGGAGAAAGAUUAAAUUCGGAUCGUCAAAACCUUCAGAAUUUAAUAUAACCGGAAAAUUGGCAUUUGUGGUACAUGUCGUAGGGUUCUCUGUGACCGAGAUAUGGAUAUACCAAAUGCAACGCGGCCUCUUCCAAACAUGCCUAACUAUGAAGAUUCGACAAAAGAAACAAGAACAAGUUCAUGCUCUUGUUAUAUCUGGCUCACUGCUCGGGCAACCAGCCAUCCAAAAGUUAUACAAGGGAGAGCACAUACCUUAA